ACCCCACCGAGGCGCGAACAAGCUUCCAAAACUCCGCGCUCUGCUCUUCAACCUCUCCAAGAAUACCACAGCGGCUUCUCAGAUGUGGACAUCGGAUUCUCCGCUCCUCGCCCGUCUCACCACCGCCGGCAGCAGUCCUUCCCAAACCUAUUCCCCAACGUCCUUGGGCACAGGACCCCAUCCCCGACCGGGAAGACGCUGAGGUUUGCAGAGGAGAUGCCUUACACGGGUGACUGGAGGCCUGGGAAGGCCGAGAGUCCAAGAGGCGGUCUAGCUGGCUGGCUAGGUGGCAAGGCGUCCGCGGGUGCAUUGGGCGUGGCCGACCCUUGGCAGCCGAAUCCAGACACGACACCAACGAGACUGCGAAAAAGCCAGCCGGCGAGCGGCGAUUCCCCAACGCCCAAGAAUACGGUAACAUCGACGGCUUCGAGGUUCAUCUCGGCCAUCUCGAGAUUUACUCAAGCACCCGCGAGCCCCACGCUCGACGACGAGCUGUGCAAUUUCGACAUCGAGGCGGCCCUAUAUCCACCCGGGUCGCCCACGGAUCGUGAUGCCUUCUCACCCGCCGCCUUCAAGAACCUCCAGACGAAUGCGACGGGCCUGUUGUCGAAGAUGCAAAACGCCUAUCGCCAGCGAGUCAUCGCCGUCCGAGAUUUAGAAGCCGAGAAAGCAGCCCAGAAAGAUGAACUAGAGGAGGCGGAGACUCGCGCAGCGCACCUGAAAAUGCAGUUGGAAGGGAUGGCUCUUAGGGCGGCGGAACAGGAAAAGGGGAUGCAGCAGCUGAUGGACCAGCUCAUGGCCGAGAAGAAGGCCAGGGCGGAGGAGAAGCUGGCCCGGGAGAAGAGCAUCGCCCUCAUGGCCGGGGGGCCCAUGGUCUCGGAAGACAUGGGCGUCGAUGUCGACCAGCUGCGGCGGACGUGGCGGAAGAGCGGCGACACUGUCAAGACGGACACGAGCUUCGAGUCGGACGACGAGAGCGCGGCGAGCGAGAGCGUCUUCUCGCGGUCGCGCAGUCCGACGAUCCCUCCGAGCACUGUGGACGGCAGCAUCAUGGACGCGCCGAGCUCCCAGGCCAGGGGUAGCACGCUCAGUCCCCCGAAGCAAAAGCCGGGCCAGCAGAUGAGCACGUUCCAGAAGAUCAUCAAGGGUAUAUCUGGAGAUGCGGACGAGAACGGCGUGAACGGUUGCCAGAAUUGCAAGGGCCAGGAUGCCAGUGUCGCAUGGGACACGGUCAGUGUGCUGAGAGACGAGAACAAACAUUUGAAGCAACGGGUCGGCCAGCUGGAGGCGGCCGUGGAAGGCGCAUUGGAUUUGGUUAACGGGAUAGGGCUGUGA